CUCGUCCUUCCGUGCGUGCCAAUACCCAACACGCCAUACGUACGUACACCCAGGUAGCCCUCAGCCUCCCUCAUCAAGCUUCGAUAGCAUGGCAACAAAACGGCCGCCUCCCGCUGCCUCGUCCUCCCUGGUGAAGCGCAGUCGCGUAGAAGACGAGGAUGGGUCCGAUGCAGCCGCCUCUUCUUCUCUCGUACCCAUCACUUCCUCCCGAGACGGAAAGGACAAGGGACUGGUACGGUCCGUCAAGAGGACAAGUGGCCUGUCGGAUCCUAUCCUGAGCCUGAAUGGAGGUCAUCAAGGAGAGAUACUCGAUGUGAAGUUCUCCUUGGAUGGAGAGUACAUUGCAGCUGCUGGAGGCGACAAGUCCAUUUCGAUAUGGAAGACAUACUCUCCGAACAACCACGUCACAUCUCUCCAAUCUCACAAUAAGGCAGUGAUAUGUCUCGCAUUCCUUCCUCCGUCCACAAAGACCAUCAACGGCUUCCCCUCUUCCACCUCUUCCCUCCCGCUCCUCCUCUCCGGAUCAGCAGACUCAACCCUCAUCCUCUGGUCACCUCUCUCUCCGCCGCCGAAUAACAAGCUGAGGAGAUUCAGGCAUCACAAGGGCAUUGUGAAUUGCGUUGCUCCUUCCCCAGCGGAUGCAACACUGUUUGCCAGUGGAUCGGAUGAUGGAGACGUGUGUAUCUGGAAUACGGAAGAGAAGCAGCCCUUGGAGUCAUUGAAAGUGGGAUACCCAGUGACUGCACUUGAGUGGACAAAAGAUGGCAGUGGGCUCUUUGUGGGCGGUAUUGACAAUCAGAUCCAUCUCUACGACCUGCAUCGCAAGCAAAUUCUCUACUCUUUAAAUCUUCACACAGACACAAUCACGUCUCUCACUCUCUCACCCUCCGGCUCAUACCUCUUCUCCUUCUCCCUAGACUCGACCCUCAGAGUCUGGGAUGUACGUCCCUUUGCCAUCUCCUCUUCGAAUGGCGAUGCAGCAGGGGAGGUCAAUGAAGAAGAUCGGGCUAGUCAGGAGAGACUGUAUAGGACGUUGAGUGGUGCCUUAAAUGGCGCUGAUGCGCUGUUGAUCAAAGGAGGAUGGAGCAGAGAUGGGAGGAGGAUCAUUCUGGGAAGUGGAGAUCGGACAUGCGUCGUAUGGGAUGUCGAGUCCGAAAAGAUCCUAUACAAGCUACCAGGCCAUCGCGGAACAUGUACCGCCGCCGCCUACCAUCCCAAGGAGCCCAUUGUCGUCUCGAGCUCGACGGACGGGCAGCUCUUACUGGGAGAGAUUGAGCCAUAGUCGAUUGGGCGGCAGUCGGGGCAAGGGCCAGGGCAAGGUGGGGAAAAGGGGGCCAGAGGGGCACAAUGCGUCGGUACGCCUGUCGUGGCCGCUGCUUCUUGGCCGUACCAUGGCAAAUCGAUAGGUCAUCGGCGCUCAGGCAGGCGCAAUCAAUUUGUCAUUUCACCACAUGUUCGAUUCGAGUAAAGAGUGGGACAGUUCAGAGAAAGAAAAGACAUGUGUGGGGGGGAGAGUGAGAAGGGUAGAGGCGAGUCGUCCCAUCAAGGAUUUCUCGACUGCUCGCAUGGGCUGUUCUGAUGGAACUUGUCUCCCCUGCAAAGAUUCGCCGCCUGUCACCUUCAGCCCAGCAGAGCUGCUCGCCAAUCGACCAUUUCCAAGUCUC